AUGGAGGUCGAGCUGUUCACGACGAAAGUCCAAGAGAAGAUCACGAACACGUGGAUGGGAUUGGGAUUUCGCGAUAAAAGCCAAUGUCAACCGUAUUGUACGGAUAUGGAUCAGUGCCCCGAUCAGUGCUAUCAAAAUACGCCAUUCAUUGAGUGUGCGACGUGGGGAGACGAGAAUUUGGUGCCCGCACUCUCGUACAACAAUUUGGACGAAAGCAAAAAACAGGAGGGACUCUAUUAUGUGGAAACGGAUAUGGGAGUGCUUGAAAGCAUGGAAACAUUCUUAAACGACACUUACUUGUAUUGUCGAAUGAAACAAUGGAUUCAAGGAGAGGCCGCGGCGGCAAAUGUGAAAAAACACAAGGACGCGAAUUAUGUGUUGGUUUACAAUAAACAACUCGAAUACGCAAUGAUGACAACUUGGGGAUCGACUAAGGGAGUGAAUGACGGGGCGAAUAAGUGUCAGUUUAAAGAAAAGGCGUUUUUC